AUGGAUCUCGACUCUGGAGACUCCCCGUGGGGCGAUGAGCCCUCACAGUUCAAGACCACCCAAGACCCAACCAAGCCUGACACUCAGGAAGGUGCAGCCGCACAACCCGACGCUACAACCAACUCCCCCGCUGUCCGUACACCGGGACGACGAGGCCCCCGAGGCACCCGCAAGAUCAGCGCACAAGCCACAAAACUCGAAUCCGUUGAUGAUUCCGUCGAUCCUCUCGGUCCAUUAGGAGAAGCGCCAGCCGAGGCUUUCCCGACGCCUACAGAGGAGGCCCCUGUACCACCCCAAAAGGAGCCAUUCGCUGGACGUAGUGCGCGGCCACUCUCUUCGCCCUCUCAGACCAGCGGAUCAGGGUUAGAGCAAUCUGUCAAUCUCGAAGAUGAAGCUGCGGGCUUCCGGGGCCCCCCGCCCGUGCAGCCACCGGUGGAAUCAGAUGGACCUAAGAGACAGACCCAGCCUAGCAUGAGCGUGGAGCAAGCUGCGAAGCCGACUUUCGAGAUCAACGUGGGAGACCCGCAUAAAGUUGGAGAUUUGACCAGCAGUCACAUUGUCUAUGCCGUGCGGACAAAGACAUCAUCUAAAGCUUACCGUCAACCCGAGUUCACAGUCAGCCGUCGAUACCGUGAUUUCCUUUGGCUUUAUAAUUCCAUGCACAGCAACAACCCCGGAGUGGUUGUUGCCCCUCCGCCUGAGAAGCAAGCCGUUGGCCGAUUUGACACCAACUUUGUGGAGUCGCGGAGAGCUGCUCUGGAACGCAUGCUUAACAAGAUUGCCGGUCAUCCCAUUCUUCAACAUGAUGGAGACCUGAAAAUCUUCCUUGAGAGUGAAGCUUUCAAUGUCGAUGUUAAGAAUAAGGAAAAUCGGGAACCUGAUAUUGGCCAAAGCAAGGGAAUGCUGAGCUCCUUUGGUAUCUCAGUCGGUGGUGGAAGCAAGUUUGUGGAGCACGACGACUGGUUCCAUGACCGCAAGAUCUACUUGGAUGCCCUGGAGAACCAACUCAAGGCAUUGAUGAAAUCAAUGGACACCGUGGUUCUGCAACGAAAGGGUCUUGCCGAUGCCGCAGGGGACUUUUCUAGCUCACUACACGCUCUAUCUGCUGUCGAGCUAUCUCCGGCUCUUUCCUCCCCAUUGGAUGGCCUUUCAGAACUUCAAUUGCGCAUCCGGGAACUCUAUGAUCGCCAGGCACAACAGGACGUUCUGACUCUUGGAAUCACAAUCGACGAAUACAUUCGUCUAAUCGGAAGUGUCAAAAUGGCCUUCACACAACGGCAAAAGGCCUUCCAUACCUGGCACGCAGCCGAGUCUGACUUACAGAAGCGGAAGAACACCCAAGACAAGCUACUCCGCCAGGGCAAGACCCAGCAAGACCGCUUGAACCAGGCCAACGCCGAUGUCGCGGAUGCAGAGCGCAAGGUCCACCAAACACGACUACUCUUCGAGGAUAUGGGCCGACUCAUGCGAAAUGAGUUGCAAAGAUUCGAGAAGGAGAAGGUGGAGGACUUCAAGUCUGGUGUGGAGACGUUCCUGGAGAGUGCAGUUGAGGGUCAGAAAGAGUUGAUCGAACUAUGGGAAACUUUCCUACUCCGUCUGGAUGCCGGCGAGGAAGGCCUUCCCUACUACGUCCCUCAAUCCGAGACCGAGACGGGCGACGCAGCUCCCCCGACGGAGAACGCAGAAUCGGCCCCACUUGUUGCUGAAGAUAACGCUUGA